AUGCUGAAAGACAUCAUGUCAUCUUGGUUCCUAUUUGCAAUGACUAUGGUCCUUGCUGUUGAUACGGCGUCGCAUGGCCAUACGACAGGGUUGCAGAAUGAAACUUAUGUGACCACCCCACAGGGAAGUCUGCCUACCACUCAAGAACCUGUGACCUCCCCACAGGGAAAUCGGUCUACCACUCAAGAACCUGUGACCUCCCCACAGGGAAAUCGGUCUACCACUCAAGAACCUGGAACCUCCCCACAGGGAAAUCGGUCUAACACUCAAGAACCUGUGACCACCCCACAGGAAAGUUGGUCUACCACUCAAGAACCUGUGACCUCCCCACGGGGAAAUUGGCCUACCACUCAAGAACCUGUGACCCCCCCACAGGAAAGUUGGUCUACCACACGAGAAACUGUGACCACCCCACAGGAAAGUCGGUCUGCCACUCGAGAAACUAUGACCACCCCACUGGAAAGUCGGUCUGCCACUCAAGAACCUGUGGACCAGGGGGGCGAGAUCCUCACCGCGGUACUGGACACGGAAGGGCAGUGCAACGCCAUGUGUGUCUACGUGAAGCCUUGCUCCACAUAUUGCUGGCAAACUCAGACUGGGGUCUGUCAGCUGAAGGCUACUGGUAGGGGGAGCGGCUGUAGACCGGGACAGGAAUGGGUAUAUGGGACCUUGGACACCGUCCGUAUUGGAGCGGACCAUCCGUGUGGCGGCCGCCCAUGCCAGACAAUGGAGAUGUGUAUACGUGUGACUUCAGUGUCAUUAUGUCUGCCCCUAGGUUCAAGUAACGUUGACACCACCACGACUGAAGAGCCUAAAAGUCGCACUCCGAGCUCCAUUUCAACUGACAAGCCUACAACCCCCAGAUCAGUUGAUGAGACUAAAUCAUAUAGAACUGACGAACCCGAAACUGCCUCUGAUGUCGACACUACCACUAAAAGGACUACCACUCCUACAUCUGAUGAUGAGACCACUACUAGACGUUCUGGGACGACCACGACGAACUUGUAUGAGACCACCACCGCGCUAUCUUGGACUGCCACUACAACACUGCCUCACACCACCAUGAAAGAAACAGAAAUAAAAGGCUAGAACUAAAGCAUACAUAACUAGCACCAGACGAUCUAAGACCGCCAUUAUAAAUAAAAGCACAUGCACUGGAGGACCAAAGGAUGUCACAACGAAAUCGUAUGAGACCACACGAGUGUCUAGGACUACCGUUACGAAAUAGUGAGAGGCCACCACAAAUGUAUAUAGAACAAGCACUAGAGGGUCUAACACAGCCGCUACGAAAUAGCGUGAUGCCAUCAAUAAAGACUAUACAACUAGCACUAGAGGAUCCAAGACCGCUCUAUGAACAGCAUGAGACCACCACCAUUAAAGCACAUAGUACAAGCACUGGAUGGACCAAAGGCUGCCACAACGAUAUUGUAUGAGACCGCUACAGGGUCUAAGACGACCAUUCAGAAACACUGUGAGGCUACCACAAAUGUAUAUAGAACAAGCACUAGAGGAUCUGAGACUGACAGUAUGAGAUAUUAUGAGACAACUAGAGCAUUUAGAACUAGCACUAGAGGAUCUAAGACCGAAGACUUUCACUACGAAAUAUACUGACUACUAAACAAAAACUUUACCGUAGUUUUGAAUCAGUCUAGUUGAAAUAUCACAAACGAUAGAUCCACGAAGUAAAUUGUAUAACCGGGUCACAAUUUCAACGAAAUUAGCAUUUAAAAUGUCAAUCAUACAACCGAUAUUUGCAUGAUAUUUGCCCGAAUUGCGAUGGGGUAGUAAAAAAAAGUUUUCAACGAAAUGAACAAAGGGCAAUGCCGCGGAGAAAAAGCCAGUCGUCCCUGAUGACGUCACGUGAGCUACAACGCCAUUUUCCUUGGAGGGCCUGGAUCAGUCUAAGUAAACAUAGGCUCAGUAUUAUUCGUUACACUGCUAUACUAAGUCUAACAAAACCUUGUUAUGGAUAACAACUUAUUUGUUUCUCACGACGUUUCUGGGCUAGUUCUUGCCUCUUGUUCACCCACCUUUCGUGAGAAACAGUUGUUAUCCAAAACAUUUGACUUGUAUCAUUACACCAACUUCUAAAUGCCUUUGAAGAAUUUCAUUACAACACUUGAACUAUAUAACUCACUAUAUAUAACUCAUGCAUUAUUGACUUGACGCGUCACAGAGCUGUUCCAUAGUGAUUCCAUUAGGACCCUGAUCCAAACCCGUAUCGCAAAGUGCAUGCAUUGUGAUCUCGUGAUACACUACCUUCGACCCAAAACAUCACAAAUACUGUUGCGGCACGGUGCAAACGUACUCGUAGUUUAGAUUGCGUAUUUUAGGAAGCAAAUCCUGUUGCACAUUCCAUGUACAUAGGGCACGGUUGUGUGUGAGUUUGGUUCCCGAUUCAGGGCCUAUAUUUUCGAAACGUUUGGAGCCCUACUAACUUCUUGAGCCCAUUCUUAACAUAUUGGCUACGAUCAAAGUUAACAAUUCUU